AUGCGUGCCACGCCCGUGCAACGCCACCACCUGGAGAGGAGCGAGCCUCAUCGGAGAGAUCUGCUUCAUAGAAUUCCUCCUCAGGAGAAGACUCAUAGCAUAGAGAGCCUCAAGACGAUUGGGGAAGCUCUGGAGUUGGUAGGAAUCUUGAUUGCUGUGCACAACCUUGUCACCACGCAAACGAUUGGUUUCCGUCUCAACUCAAACUUGCACAGGCGUCAGUAA